GAGCGAAUCGAGGACCACCGGGGAGAGUAGAUUGUUCGGCGAUCGAUUCACGACGGCCCAGGCGAGCGGGCUAGUCCGGCGACGAGUCAGCUGUGGCUGUGGCGAAGGAGCGGGACGGUUGGGGCUGCCGCCGCUUUUGAGGCUGGCGCCGGUAAUAAAGCCAGGACGAGACGCGACUCAGAAAAUGUCCGAAGAUGUAACUCAAAAUCAUCUUCCAUGAGAUACGUCUGACACUAAUGAAGUCCAAAGGGGACAGACUUCAUCUUAACGUGAUGGCAUGAAGCUCAUCCAGUUCCAGUUUUUACAUUCAACAUUAAAAAGGUUACAGAGCAGAUUACAGAUGGUGUGGGUUUUUAUCAUGAACCGAAUGAGCUCGCAAAGCAGUUCUCCCACACAGCGUAGACGGAUGGCUCUUGGAAUUGUCAUUCUUCUUCUUGUUGAUGUGAUUUGGGUUGCUUCAUCUGAACUUACAGCAUACGUUUUCAAAAACUACAAUAAACCAUUUUUCAGCACAUUUGCAAAAACAUCCAUGUUUGUUCUUUAUCUCUUGGGAUUUAUUGUUUGGAAACCAUGGAGGCAACAGUGCACACGUGGGUUUCGUGGCAGACAUGCAGCUUUUUUUGCAGAUGCUGAAGGUUAUUUUGCUGCAUGUACAACUGACAAUGCUGUAAAUAGUUCUCUGAGUGAACCUUUAUAUGUUCCUGUAAAGUUUCAUGACUUGCCAAAUGAAAAAAGCAGCUGCACUAACGAUGAUGCUGAAAAACCUCCCAAAAAGCCUCGUGUAAGAUUUAGUAAUAUUAUGGAAAUUCGACAACUCCCAUCAAGCCAUGCAUUGGAAGCAAAGCUGUCUCGUAUGUCUUAUCCAACACUUAAGGAGCAAGAGUCUAUAUUAAAAGCUGUAGGGAAGCUUACUGCAUCUCAAGUAGCCAAAAUCAGCUUUUUCUUUUGCUUUGUGUGGUUCUUGGCAAACUUCUCAUAUCAAGAAGCAUUGUCAGACACCCAAGUGGCUAUAGUUAACAUUCUGUCUUCAACUUCUGGACUUUUUACCUUAAUCCUAGCUGCAGUGUUUCCAAGUAACAGUGGAGACAGGUUUACCCUUUCAAAAUUGUUAGCUGUCAUUUUAAGCAUUGGAGGUGUUGUUCUUGUGAAUCUCUCUGGAUCUGAUAAAUCUGCUGGAAUAGGUUCCCUGUGGUCUCUCAUAGGAGCUAUGCUCUAUGCAAUCUACAUAGUUAUGAUAAAACGAAAAGUAGACAGAGAAGACAAACUUGAUAUACCAAUGUUUUUUGGUUUUGUUGGUUUGUUUAAUUUACUGCUGCUCUGGCCAGGUUUUUUCCUACUCCAUUAUACUGGAUUUGAGGCAUUUGAAUUUCCCAGCAAACUUGUACUUACAUGCAUUGUUAUCAAUGGCCUUAUUGGAACAGUUCUGUCUGAAUUUCUUUGGUUAUGGGGCUGCUUUCUUACCUCAUCAUUGAUAGGCACACUUGCCCUGAGCCUUACAAUACCUCUGUCCAUAAUAGCUGACAUGUGCAAGCAAAAGGUUACGUUUUCUUGGUUAUUUUUUGCAGGGGCAAUCCCUGUAUUUUUUUCAUUUUUCAUUGCAACUCUUUUAUGUCACUACAACAACUGGGAUCCUGUGAUGGUUGGAAUCAGAAGAGUUUUUGUAUUUUUCUGCAGGAAGCAACGUAUUCAAAGAACGCCGGAAGAAAGUGAGCAAUGUGAAAGUCUCAUUGCAAUGCACAGUGUUUCUCAAGAAGAUGGAGAGAGUGGCUGUUCUUAGGCAAUAGGAUGAAAUGAUAACUCAGCGAAGAGACAAUCUUCUGGAAAGUCCCCAUGGAAUCAUGUUUCAGUGCCUCUUCUGAACCUUUAAAUGUUUCAGUUCUUUUGAAACUUAAAAAUAUGUUUCUUUCCACCCCCUUUUAAUUUCCAAAUUCCAACCUUGAAUCAAUUUCAUUAUAGAAUGACUCUACUACAGGAAAUUCCAGUCCUUUUAAGAAACCAGCUUGCCUUAUAGAACUCAGUUGGUGACAUUACUUGACAUAAUCAACAAAGUGAAUGCUGUUCUAGUGAUUUUUUUUUUAAAAAGCUUUCAUAUGUUAAAAUGCUGGACAAUAUUUUUACAAAUACUUUUCAAAUUCUGUAAAAAGUCUCUAGAUUAUAACUUUGUAUAAGCUCUCAAAUGGAAAAAACCUAAAAUACACCAGAAACCUACAAUAGGUAUGAGUAAACAUUUUCUGAUAUGUAAGCACUACUUGAAUAAUAGAAAAAGGAAGGAAAUUUUAAUUAUUUGAAUACCUUCAUUACAGAAGUUAUUAUGGUUUCCCAACAUUACAUAUACCCUUCUAUCUACAUGAGACCUUGUAAUAAUUUGGGUGCCUUGUGCUUCAAUAUGUACUAGGUCCUAAUAAAAAAUGUUAUUAUAAAAAAUAAACAUCAAAGUUGGUGCAUACAUUAGAUAAAAAGUAAAUCAAAGAUACUUGAUACCAAGGAUUUUCUAAAAUGUGCCAAUACUUUUGGUUCAAGUGACAAUAGUUAAAAAGGAAAUAAAGCUUCUACGCUGGAAUUCAUGGGCUACAUAUGACAAACAGGUCUAUUAUUGUUUCUCCAGCCUCUUUAUUCUUUUAUGAAAUUGAAUGCAGGAAGAUGAAAUCAGAAGUAGAAGAUCGCCAGGAGGGAGAGCGCUGCUUUUAACCCUUUUCUGCAGUUUGUCCGCUCCAAAUCCCCACCAUCAGCUUUCAUCUCAACUGUGUCCCUACUUGCUGAGAAAAAAAAAUCUAUAUGGGCACAUUUGAUUUUUAUUUUAUUUUCAGUCGGUUUCUAAUGACAGAACUGCUCAUGAUGUAUAGUUUUGGCUCUAUGACCCAGAAGUUUGUAUGUGCUUUAUGUUCAGGAAAGCUUUUGAUGUGUGUUUCCCUCUUUCCCCAACAAAGCCCUUUAAUGUCCAAGCUAUCUUGUAAGAAGAAAGUUCUUAAAGCAGAUUGCAGUGCAAAGAGUGCUGUUUAAAAAGGCGUGGAGAGGAAUCUAAAGUCCUCCUCAUGAGCAAGACCUUUACAUGUGCCGGAAUGGCUCUUGUGGAGUUUCUUGGAAUGGUGAUUUGUCAGAAAUGGUCAGUCAUAAUUCUAAAGGUCUGAAUAGCAGAGUAUAAUACAAAUCGCAGUAAUGGACAAGUUUGUAUCUUUAUGGAAAUAAUAUAUUGCUGCCAUUAAUGCAUUUUUAAAAAGUUCAGUUGAUAUAGUUCUACACUGUGCAGCAUAUUUUCAAGUUGGGUUGACAGUGAAUUCUAGUACAUAUGAAGAGUACAGAUCAAAUUAGGAAGGAGGCACAGGUCUUAAGCAGAAGUCUAACAGAACGAUUCUGUGUAGGCUAAGCCCAUUGAAAUCAGUAAAUUUGAAUUGGUGCAACUCUUCAUAGGAUUCAUUAGUAUAAGAUGUGGGCAUUCCUGUGGAAUUUUAGAUUAUAUUUACCACUAAAUGGGUAAAAAAAAUUUAAAAUAUGCCUUUCAAGGCUAGAAACCAGGAGUUAAUAUGUAUAAAUCCUACCAUUUAUUAUAUUUAAAAUUGAAUGUUCCUAAGCCAAUCUUGUGAUUCAAGUUUUCCAUGUAUCUACCUUAUAAAGUGACAGUAUAAACUUGUACAUUCCUCUUUCCUGCUUAAUGAAGAAAAUUCUGUUUGAAUCUGGUAACAUCAGUGCAAAGGAUAAAAAAAUGACAUUUGGACGAAUACAGGAAGUACCUUUACUCGAUUUAUUCUCUUUGUAUCCAGGAAACUACUGUUCAAUAUAAUCAUAUCUGUUCCCAGUUAUGAGUGGCAAUCAUUAACCUGCCAAACUUUUAACGUGAUUUGUUCACCAAAAAAAAGUUGUUGAGUUGUUCACCAAAAAAAAGUUGUUGAGUUGUUGAGUCAUUAAGCAUAUCACAUGCUCAGCAAGAACAACAUGGUGGCCUUUCUUCAGUGGAUUACUUGCUUGAUUUGCUAUAAUAAAUAUUUUUGACCUUGGAUUAAGUUCUGCCCAUUGGCAAGAGAAAACUUUUUCUCCAAUAAGUUUAAGCUGUUUGAGACUAGAAGACAGGCUAGUGUGUCCAGAAGAGUUAUUUGCUGCAUCAAAAUCACUGUUAGUAAGAUCCCACCCUUAAAAUUAUAUAUGGAAUUAAAACAGGCUCUAGAACAAUAAUAUUACGGAUAGUUGUAGUCUCAUGUGGCCAAUUUUGCUUUCAGAUGCAAAAUUUCAGUGUGUAUAAGGACAAAAAAUGCUAAUUCUACUGUCAAUCACCCAUUAAGACAAAAAUACAAUAUUCAGAUAAGGAACUCAUCUUUGGUUUUCCUUCACACAAAAACAGCAUAAUCUAUUUUUUAAAACUCUGAUGGAACCGUAUUUUAAAAAAUGCAACACGAUAAUGAUAGAUAUGUUGACCUUUCAAGAAAUAAAGAUUUUAUUUUGCUCAA